AUGGAAACUCUUACACAGAUUGCCAACCAAUUCUACGUAAGAGAACUAGUUGGAAUUCUUCUCUUUGCCUCUACUACAUCAUGGGUAAUCAAUACCCUCCUGAGGAUAUUCGGUGCGCGUUCUAUAAAGCGACCACGCACGCCUGAUUUGGAGAAACCAAGUAUACAGGCACAAAGGACGAAGCAAAUUGACAGAAAACAAGGAGGUAGACAUCCUCUUACUUUUCAUAAAUCUAUGGGAAUAAGUUUUGUUGACGUUAUCUUUCACAAAGAAUGGAUACCGCAAGACUUCAAGCGGCCCGACCCUGUGGCGUACCCUAAUUGGGAUGUGCAUACGUCUCAGCCGAAGCCAUAUCGGCCUUUUAGAUAUGGCCCGAAAUAUUUCAUUACCAUGGGAUUGAGAUCCAUGAAGUGGGAUGAAUGGAUUGAGUUGGAUAAUCACUAUCCAAGAUACCACGCUGACAAGGCCCGCCGUAUCAAAGAACGAGAGAAAAAGUGCGUCAUGGUUGCUCCCGAAGCGAUGGACGGAGUGAUCGAACUGCUAGAAGAGCUCUGCUCCUAUCUCCCCAUGCGCUACCCAUCCCUCUUCCGCAAAACCCCCGUGGGCAUCGACAACCUCCUCACCGGAGAAUCUUUCAACAUCACGCAGCGUCCGUUCGCCGAAAACCCCAUGACCACAUGCGCCCGCCUCAUCCAGGACGAUCUAGCGCUCAUGUUUGAAAAGCCCGACGGCCAAUACUACCUCCUCGCGGGCGCCGUCCUCCUCGCAGGAUUCUGGCGCAUCGAAGAUAAAUUCGGCAUGCGGCUCUCCGAAAUCCACACCUCAGGCGACGUCCCCGGGUAUCAAACCAAGCUUGAGAAGGGCAUGAUGAAUUUCUUCCGGCGUAUCAAGCCCUCGGAUCCGGUCUUGCGGAAUAACUACUUCAUCCAGGUCGACGAGGACCUGGCGUGGUCGUACAGCAUCGGGCCUGAGGAUAGUAAGUCGGUUAGCUGGAACACGGCGGCGAAGAAUAAGGCCAUCCAGCAUCAUUACUUCCGCUCGGAGCGACAAUCGCUGCGCCGCUUGCCGCGUUCUGGAGCCGUCGUGUUCACGAUCCGGACAUACUUUGAGCCGAUUACAGAAAUCGUCAAGGAGCCGUAUGUGCCCGGGAGACUGGCGUCGGCGAUUCGUAGCUGGGGGGACGAUGUGUCGCGCUACAAGGGGAGAGAGAAGUACGGAGAAGUGCUGCUAGACUAUCUAGAUAAAAAACAUGAGGAGCAGCUUGCUGCGGGGUUAGACUUGGAGAAAGAGGAUGAGAUUCGGAGUUAUCCGUAUUAG